CUGCACUGGAAAAUGUCUGCUAAGCUUUUUGUGUCCUUUUUCUUUAAAAGUCUCAGUGAGAACAUGGUUAUCUUUGCACAUUGACGCAGGUUAUCUAUCUGUAAAUGUGUAAAUGCUUCAUAUUUCACAGACAGAAGGUGUUGCUAUCAGUCCUUUAAAAUGGCAACAUAUCUGGCCUUAGUCACUGUUCUUAUCCAGCUUCUAGUUGAUAAGGUGACAAGUGACAACAUUGACUUUUACAAUCUCAUGCCUGCUGUAGAAGGAACCCCUUACCCCAAUAGUUUCAAGUGCUUCACAUGUAAACAAGCCACAGACAACUACAGCUGUAAUCGCUGGGCAGAGGAUGUGUGGUGCCCUCAGAAUACCCAGUAUUGUAUGACAAUACAUCACUUUAACCACUAUGGGAAAACAAAGUCUGUCACCAAAAGAUGUGCAGUACAUGAAGAAUGCCGAUCAUCAGGCUGUAAACAUCAUAAAAAUCCACAUCACAUGGAGUGUGUGUCUUGCUGUGAAGGAAUGGUUUGUAACGUAGAGUUGCCUACCAAUCACACUAAUGCAGUGUUUGCUCAGAGACGAACCCACAGCUCAGCAGCAUCAACUUUCAGGACUUGGAAUUCUGUUUUCCUUCUCAUCACAGCUUUGACUGGACUAUUACCAUUGUGAUCCUUAAUCAAAACAACCUGGUUAAUAGCACUACAAAUGAAUGACUCAUCACCACGGAGACAGCAUCCACACUGGUGCUGACUGAUGAAUGUUUUUAUGACAUCAUACCCAACAGUUGUUCAGCAUCCAAAGGAAAUGAAAAAAUGUGAUGUGGGCUCGGUUAGGAGAGCUGCAUCCUGCAUUGUCCGGUCAGAUCCGAAUGAACAAGAUCUGUUAAUGCAUUUCAAGUGCAGCUUGUGCUUACUAAUGAUGCUCUUGACAGGACAGGAAAACAGACGUAGUGUUAAGCAGAAAAGCCAGUGGAUGUUAAUAGUGAUGCCUCACUGGAUUUGUAUUGACCAAACUUAGGCAGUAACUGAGCAAUGAGAGUCUCUAUGCAUGGAGGACGGACUCGCUCAAUGGCUCUGAUCCCAGAUUCUGUCAAACAACCCAAGCACAGCAAAAAGAGGAUGAGGAACGUAUUGUUCCUUCUAAACAAUGUGGAAAGACUUAAAGAGAUGUUGAUCGCAGAGAUAUAUCACUUCUUUAAAAGCAUGGGCCAGGAUAAAAUCACAGAUAAGCACUAAUGAAUGAAUUAAGUAUUUAUGAUAUAGGCCAUUGUUGUUUGCCUAUAGCCACUGAGUUUAUUCCUUGGCAUUUUAUUUUCCCAAAGAAAUAAUAAAAUACAAAUUGAACAUCUGAAUUCAAGAACAAAAUGAAAUAUAAUUUAAAUAUGCCUAUAAAAGAAUGCCUAUAAACGUUAUUAAUAAUAAAAAAAAACUUAAACUGCAGAUUUGUUUGUUGCUUAGAUAAACUUGACAGUCAGGUUUACCCCUUCGCAUGCUGGAUUGAUGUGAGUUGAUAUGACAAAUAGUCUUGUUUACCUUCACUGGGUUGUAGCUCUGAGGCUUGUCAGAAAUUGUAAAUGAUUCCUCAUCUCUUUAAUCUAUAACAUACCGCUGUGCUUUUCGUGUGUGACCAGCGGGGCUCUCUGCACAUAACAUAAAGCUUUUUAAAAACUUCUCUCCUUGCUGAUCUGAAAACAGUUUUGUGUUUUUAUAUGAGACAGUCUGGGUUUGAAUUAAGAGAAAGGAGCUGAACCAUGAUCAGUACAAAAGAGCAACUCCACCCCCAGAGCCCAGAGCACAAUGAACAGAUUCCCAAGAGGAUCACGGUGUGGGACACAAAGCCAUGGACCAUUUAUAUUAUUGCUGUCUGGAAUAAUGAGGGAAUUCCAGACUGAACAUGACAUAUUACUUCAAUAUUUUUGUCUUGGGUAUGUGUUUCUUUAGCUUCUUCGCCUAGGAAGACAAAAUUUGUGCUCUGUGUAUUGCUUUAAAUCGAAUCACAGGUUUAACAGGUUUGUGUGAGGGUAAGGUGCAGAGGAAGCGGGCAAUAGAUGUCGAAAUGCAAUUUAAUGCACCAUUUGGGGCGGUUUCCCGGACAGGGCUUAAGAUGGUCCUAGA